ACUUCAAUUUCGUCAUACGUUCAUUCAGUUUAUUCCUCUCUGUGUUUUUCUCGAAAUCACUUCUUUUGGCUAACAAGAGCAUUCGUUUCAGUUGCAUUUCUAUAGCUGUGUCCUCCGAGGUUUGGAUUUUUUUUUUGAAAUCCUAAUCAAUGGCGGCUGCUGCUCAGGUUCACGUUUUUGGAGCUGCAGUACCCGGUGCGGCUGCAACAGGCUCCGCCUCGAAGAAGAAAAAUUUUCAGGGCGUGAGGAACAGCGCCUUUUUUGGCCUGCAAAAGGGUGCUUUCAAUGGGAGUUUUAUUACCCUGCGAAGCAAGCAGCUGCAGAGGAGGCGGGCCGUGAGACCUGUUAGGGUCGUCAAUGAGAAGGUGGUGGGAAUCGACCUCGGGACCACGAAUUCGGCAGUGGCGGCAAUGGAAGGAGGGAAGCCUACUAUUGUUACGAAUGCAGAGGGACAGAGGACGACGCCCUCUGUGGUUGCUUAUACAAGAAACGGGGACAGGCUUGUUGGGCAGAUUGCCAAACGCCAGGCUGUUGUGAAUCCUGAGAAUACAUUCUUUUCGGUAAAGAGGUUUAUUGGGCGGAAGAUGAACGAGGUGGACGAAGAGUCAAAGCAGGUGUCUUACAGGGUUGUUCGUGACGAGAACGGCAAUGUUAAAUUGGAUUGCCCAGCUAUUGGGAAGCAGUUUGCAGCUGAAGAGAUUUCUGCACAGGUUUUGAGAAAACUUGUAGAUGAUGCCUCCAAGUUUUUGAAUGAGAAGGUCAACAAGGCUGUAGUCACAGUUCCUGCAUACUUCAAUGACUCCCAGAGAACAGCUACUAAGGAUGCUGGUCGAAUUGCUGGGUUGGAAGUUUUGAGGAUUAUCAAUGAACCAACUGCUGCUUCAUUGGCAUAUGGAUUUGAGAGAAAGAACAAUGAAACUAUACUUGUUUUUGAUCUUGGUGGCGGAACAUUUGAUGUUUCAGUGCUUGAGGUUGGAGAUGGUGUGUUUGAGGUGCUCUCCACUUCAGGUGACACUCAUCUAGGAGGAGAUGACUUCGACAAGAGAAUUGUUGACUGGCUGGCUGCGAGCUUUAAGAGAGAUGAGGGAAUUGAUCUGUUAAAAGACAAACAAGCACUUCAACGGUUAACAGAAACAGCAGAAAAGGCAAAGAUGGAAUUAUCGUCACUCACACAAACAAGCAUUAGUUUACCAUUCAUAACGGCUACCGCAGAUGGUCCUAAGCACAUUGAGACAUCGCUUACAAGGGCUAAAUUCGAAGAGUUGUGUUCGGAUCUACUUGACCGGCUGAAGACUCCUGUGGAGAAUUCAUUGAGAGAUGCAAAAUUGUCCUACAAAGACCUAGAUGAAAUUAUCUUGGUUGGGGGAUCAACCAGGAUUCCUGCUGUUCAGGAACUUGUCAAGAAGAUGACUGGCAAAGAACCCAAUGUCACUGUAAAUCCAGAUGAAGUUGUUGCUCUAGGGGCAGCUGUUCAGGCUGGAGUGUUGGCUGGCGAUGUCAGUGAUAUUGUGCUUCUGGAUGUCACCCCACUCUCAAUUGGGUUGGAAACUCUUGGUGGUGUAAUGACAAAGAUCAUUCCACGGAAUACCACUCUACCCACUUCAAAAUCUGAGGUGUUUUCUACAGCAGCCGAUGGUCAGACAAGUGUUGAAAUCAAUGUUUUGCAAGGGGAACGAGAGUUUGUGAGAGACAACAAGUCUCUUGGGAGUUUCCGGUUGGAUGGGAUACCACCUGCUCCUCGAGGGGUGCCUCAAAUAGAGGUUAAGUUUGACAUUGAUGCAAAUGGUAUCCUCUCAGUCACUGCUGUAGACAAAGGCACUGGAAAGAAGCAGGACAUUACCAUAACGGGUGCAAGUACCCUACCAACUGAUGAGGUUGAAAGAAUGGUGAAAGAGGCUGAAAAAUUUGCUAAAGAAGACAAGGAAAAGAGAGAAGAAAUUGACACAAAGAAUCAAGCUGAGUCUGUUAUCUAUCAGACUGAAAAACAGUUGAAGGAACUUGGUGAUAAGGUACCUGCAGAGGUAAAAGGUAAGGUCGAGGCCAAGCUAAAAGAGCUACAAGAUGCAGUUGCUGGUGGCUCUACACAGGCAAUGAAGGAUAGCAUGGCAGCCCUCAAUCAAGAAGUAAUGAUGCUAGGGCAAUCUGUUUACCAACAAGGAGCAGCUGGUGGGCCAGCUGCUAGUGGUCCUGCAGAUUCAGGUAGCCCAGGAGAAAAAGCUCCUGGAGGCGAUGAUGUAAUUGAUGCUGAUUUUACAGACAGCACAUAGACAACCAUGUAAAACGGCUUUUAUUUGUAUUUUGCCUGAAAUAAGCUUGUGUCGUGAUUUUAGGAUUAAGCCCAAAGGAAAUUGCCAGAUAGGAAAGAAGGGACCUUUCAAUGGUGUGAAAAGUUCCCUGCUAGUAGUUGAGAUUGGUGUUACGGUUUGUAGAUAAUAUUAUUACUCCAUUCCAGAUAAUACAAUCGGCGGACAGGAAAGUACAUGAGCAAAAGUUCCUUUUCCCUCUGACACGUUUUGACGUUGGUCUAGUUGAAUUUGUAUUAUUAAUUCUGGGUCUAUCAUAAGAAACUAUUGGAUGGAGGGGCAGUUACGUUUCUUAAUUUAAUCCAUAUCCUGAGAAGAGUUUUGCUUGA